AUGAACGAAAAGGAGGAGAUCGAAUCCUCGCAACCCAGUGGCCAGUCACAAAAGAAAGUUUCUCUGCAGGCGGGCACUAGCAAACCCAUGCGCCUACCAGUCGCCGUUCUCGGCUUUGCAGCAACCGAUCGCUGGUACCCUAUGGUAACCCAGAGCACCUUCGAAUACCCUGCCCGCUCUCUCUAA